GAGAAAUGUUGCUGGGUGGAAAAAGAAGCGAGACUGUAAACAAAAGAUAGUUUUGAAAUAUCCAGACUGUAUAGUUCGAGUUAAAGGCUCUGUCUUUCGUGGUUAUAGGCUUUGACCUCUGGUCAGAAAUAGUUGUUUAGUGCUAAACUAGGGAUUACAAAAAUCUCCGCAGCUGUGAAUCGUCGCUAACUUAUGGCUUUGGCUACGACGGACCCCAACUGCAAACGGAACGGGCUGACCAACUCUUGCAGGACUGCUGUCAGAAAAGAGGCCAUUCAAAGUAAAACAAGUGGGUUGAAACUAACGAACAUGCAGCCGAAGGAAACAGAGUUUGCCACGGACGGUUUACCAAAAGCCUUUCUGCACAGCCUGCGGACACUGUUCGACAUCCUAGACGACGGCAGGCGAGGGUAUGUACACAUAUCGGAGAUAGAAAGCCGGUGGCAAGGCGCGGAAACCCAGGGUUUACCUGGUGGUGUGCUGGAGUGCUUGAGGCGGGUGAGCCCUCCGCACGGCUGUCUGACUUUCGAGCGUUUCGUUGCGGGGCUCCGGUACUCGAUGCUGAACCCCGAAAACAGCACCAAAGCGCACUCCUCCAACCAGCUGUCGUACCCCAACGGCUCCACAGCGCAGCCGCAGCUCCUACACUCGCAUAAAGGGGCGGCGGUCCGGCCGUAUGAGGGGAAGGUUCGGCCGCUCGGGCCAUGCAACGGAGCUAACCUUCAUCACAGCCGCGCCUCCUCCUUACAGAGCCGGACAAGACACGAGGACAGCGGCUCCCUGUACUCUACCUCGAGUAAACCCUCCUCCAGCGACUCUUCCACGUACGCUGCUCCUAGAUACGGCGGAGGCUACGAACGUACCGGCAGGAGCCUGGAACGCGCGCAGGUCGGGCACGAGCGCACCGCUCACAGACCUGAUUCGACUCACGCUGGCAAAAAGGCGCCGCCGCCGCCGCCGCCGCAGCAGCAGCAGCAGAGUCAAGUCCGAUCAAUCGAGUCACUGGCGCUCGAGUCUUAUUUCCAAAAGCCGAGUCCUCACAGUGAAAGAGCUGGCCUGCCUCGAUCACAGAGUGAGACCACUACAGGAUUCAUAGGAUCUAGAAGGCACGGGAGGACUCGAGAUGAGCAGAGACGGCACACUAUCACUAAUGGAGUUGACUAUGAAAUGCUGAAGCAGAUGAAGGAACUUGAGCAAGAGAAGGACACUCUCCUGGCUGGGCUGGAUGUGGUGGAGAGAGCCAGAGAUUGGUACCAGAGCCAGAUCCACAACAUCACUGAGAGACAGAGGCUGGUUGGACAGAGCAGCCACUGCACAGAUUUUCUGACAGAAUCCAGUCAGAGUCGCCUGAAUGUCCUUCUACCCAAACUACAGGAAGUCAACCGCUGCCUUAAUGAUCUCAUAUCGUACUCUGGAAUGUCAUUCCCUUCUCCGACCACACAACCGUCUUCCAUCUCCCCGAGUGCCCAGCCUGUCCAAGCACCUCCAAAGGCCAUCCAGAGACUGAAGGACCAGAACCGCCUUCUCACACAGGAGGUGACAGAAAAGAGUGAGCGCAUUACCCAGCUGGAGCAGGAGAAAUCUGCUCUGAUUAAGCAGCUGUUUGAGGCACGAGCUCGUAGUGCUCAUGACAGCAGUGCGCUCGACUCAACUUUCAUAUGAGAAGAGCAGAUGUCAACCAACAUCUGACCACAAGCACUCCAAACCACUGAAGUGACUGCAACCACUCCAAAACCAUGGUUCACUUGACUGUGAUUUGACCAUGACUACUCCUUUACCCAUGAUUUAAUGAGAUUGAUUGUGUAUCACUCCACAACUGUUAUAUUCCUAAAUAUUUUGACAAGGACACAUUAAUAGCUAAGAUUAAGACUUAAAAAAUUAAGACCUUGAGUGUCAAAGGAACUGGAGCAUUAUCAUCCAGUCUGGGCUCAAAACUCAAACCAACCAGCCAUCUUUGUAAUGGUUAGUAUGUAUGGACCUGAAUGCUACAACUUACCUUCUACAUGCACUGAACAAUAGCAUUGGAGUCCCGAUAGCACCACAGAAUGAGCAAGAACAAGCACCGUAUAAUUAGGAUCAUACGUGUCACUGAUUUUUAAUGUAACUCAAGCUAUGGUGUCAUAAAGACUGAUAAGGACUGCUCCAGGACUUUGGACCCGCAUCUUCUCCAUGCACCAAGAUUUGUUUCCCCCAUCUCAAAUAUAUCUUUCAGGAUCCCAGACACUCCAGGAAAGGAUUAAGCAGGCAUGUGACAAAGAAUGGAAAACACUCUGAAUUUCUAUUUAAUACUAUCAGAACAUAAAUUAUCCAUUGACUAAUAAUGCAACUUUGCAAUAACUGUGUAAAUAGAAUUUGUAUGAACUCUUCACUUGUUCCUUGCACCCUGCAAAUAUGAAUACCCAGACCACUCCUAACAGAUAGAUAUUGUUAACCUUGGAUUGAUUUGUGAUUCUUAAAAUUUGAAUCUUUACUCUGUUCCUUGCAAAACCUGGUACUUACAUUAUAGUAUUAUCUACAUAAAAUUUUCACCCAUACGUCAGUUAUUCUGUUUCAAUGGCUCCUCAACUUUGACUUGACACCAGAGUACAAAGAGCUCCACCUGUGAAUAAGCUUUUUUGGGUUUGUAGUGUGAUUCAUUUCAAGAGAGACUGUAAUGUAAUUUGCAUGUCCUGUUCACACCAGGAUUCUUCUGAAAGAGAUCUGUAAAAGACUCUUCUUCUAAGAUCCUCUUCUGUAAGAUCUUUUUAGCAAGGAGCCAGGUUCUGAAGGUGACAGGCUUAUCUUUUGUAUGUGGAUUCCUGAAUGGGUUCUAGCUGUCAUUUAUACACCUAUAUAUCCAGGUUCCAAAGCUAAUGAUAUUAAGGAAGAUUUACAUUUUGUAGUUUAGAAUGUGUACAUAUUCGGGUAGACGUGACCAAGCACAAACUGAUCUUAGUCUUGGAAAGCACAAGAUAAACCUUUUAAGAGAUUUUUUCAGUUCUUAAGGUUAAGAACAAGUGGCCUCAAAAUGACAGCCAAAUGAACUUACAGCCAGCUGGAUGGCAAACUGGAACUAAUGCUGAGGAGGUAGAGGCUUGAGGCAGGAAGGAUGUUUGCAUGUGGAAGAGACUUGUGGUGUGAGCAGAGUUAAAGGAGAUGUAUUUUGAUAACCAUUCUGAGGUGGCAAAACCCAGUUCCAGUUACACUACUAGCAUGCGUCAGUAUGGACCAUGUAAGCCUGAAAAAUUUAAAAUUGGAAUUUAUUCCACUUCAGUUAGGUAUUUAGAGAAGGAUGCCUUAGUUUGGAUUACAUAAAUUGCUCCUUGGUGAAUUAACUGAUCGGUAUGUUUAGAUGUAAUAUCAAUUCAAAGAAAUAUACUUCAUCCUUCCUGAGCCGGUCAUGUUGACAUACCCUUGUGUGGUCUCUGAGAGUGUUACAAAUUGUGAUUGAUCAAAUAUUACAUACUUUGGCAGUCAAGCACUAAAGAUUGUUUGCAUCUUUUUUAACACAAUUGUUCUUGGCCUCACCUAAUAAAAUGCUUUAUUUUGUC